AUGACAGAUGAGUUUCUGUUUCAAGACAAUAAGAACCAUACUGUCUGUAUAAAUCCAACAAAAGGAACUUUAAACGAGAAACCUAUAAAUGAACUUCUUUUGAAAACGGAUGUUGACAACAAAGCUGACAAAGAAUAUGUCAUUGAAAAAGUUCAAGAAGAACAUGACAGAGCAGAUGCAACAUAUGCAACGAAAGAACAUACUCAUCCUGAACUAGCGGACAAAACAUAUGUUGACAAUAAAAUGUCAAGUGAAGUGACAAGAGCUGAAAACGAAUAUUCUAAAAAGACUCAUACACAUUCUAUAUCUGAAAUAACAGACUUACAAGAAACCUUAAACAGUAAAAGUGCCGUUGGACAUACACAUACCAUUGCAAAUAUUACAAACUUACAAGAAACCUUAAACAGGAAAAGUGACGUUGGACAUACACAUACCAUUGCAAAUAUUACAAACUUACAAGAAACCUUAAACAGGAAAAGUGACGUUGGACAUACACAUACAUCUUCUGAAAUAACAGACUUAAACGUUAGCCUUGAAAAGAAAGCAGAUAAAACAUAUGUCAAUGAAAUAUACCAAAGUUUGAUAGGAACAACGAAAAAUAUUGAAACUAUUGUUUGGUGA